CGAAGGCUCAAACGACAUCAAAGCAUAAAAUGAACUGUAAACCCUCUCGAGCGCGGACAAUCGUACACUCUUCCAUACGCAACGGAACCGCGCGUAUCGUCAUUCUCAGGGUCGCAACAACUCCCAUCCGUGGGUUCGUGAUUCGCAUUAAUAAGUGGCUGUGAUCUUGUGACGUGUCUUGUUUUUUCCGCACGAUCUAGUAAAACCGAUCGCGUGUGGGGCAUUUAAGUGAUUCACAUUCACCUGUAGUGAGGUUUUGGGACGUUCCCUGUGCUGCUGCUUUCCUAUCGUCAGUAAAGUUUUCUCUCCUAUCAGCAAUGUCGUGGUAUUAUGUGCCCAAGCCCACCGUAGUUCCGGCGGAAAACUUCAACCCAUCGGAGGAUGCUGCCGCCCUUCGCAAAGCGAUGAAGGGCUUCGGUACGGACGAGCAGGCCAUCAUCGACAUACUGUGCGCCCGGAGCAACUAUCAGCGGCAGCAGAUAGAGGCCGCCUUCAAGAACGAGCUGGGCCGGGACCUCGUGAAGGACCUGAAGUCCGAGCUGAGCGGCAAAUUCGAGGAUGUCAUCGUAGGUCUGAUGACACCGCCGGUCAACUACCUGUGCAAGCAGCUGUACAAAGCGAUGGACGGCAUCGGGACGGACGAGAAGGCGCUGAUCGAGAUACUGUGCUCGCAGGACAACGAUCAGAUGCACGAGAUUGCCCGCACGUACGAGACGAUGUACGAUCGACCGCUGGCCGAGCACGUGUGCACGGAAACGUCCGGCAGCUUCCGGCGGCUGCUAACCCUGAUUAUUACCGGCACGCGCCAGGACCCGUCGGAGCCGGCCGAUCCCGAUCUGGCCGUCGAGCAGGCGAAGCAGCUGUACGAUGCGGGCGAGGCCAAGCUCGGCACGGAUGAGUCGGUGUUUUACAAGAUUCUGGCCCACGCAUCCUUCUCCCAGCUGGAGCUGGUGUUCGAGGAGUACAAGAAGCUUACCGGGCGUACGAUCGAGCAGGCACUGAAGGCGGAGAUCAGCGGCGAUUUCUACGACGCCCUCAGCGCGAUCGUCGAGUGUGUUCAGAUGGCGCCCCACUUCUUUGCCAAGAAGCUGUUCAAAGCAAUGGACGGUCUCGGCACGGACGACAAAACGCUGAUCCGCAUCAUCGUCACCCGGGCGGAGAUCGAUCUGCAGAACAUUAAGGACGAGUUCGAGCAAAUGUACAACAAGACGCUGCUCAGUGCGGUCAAGAGCGAAACAUCCGGCGACUACAAGCGUGUGCUGUGUGCGCUGAUUGGAGGUGCAUAAUCAAACCUCGAACGGAACAACAACGCAUAAUCAUAAUCGUUAUCUCUAUUUUAAUGUUUCAUGUUGAGCCAUUUUAAUGUUAGCGUAAGUUUACACCAGAAUCCUCAGUAGUGACUUUACGAAGCGCAUCCAAUCUAUUUUGACUACUUUUACAAUGCUUUGCAAAACCAGAACCAGAACAGAGCGAAGAACGAUCACCAUGCAGAUGAUCAUGGAAUAGGAACACUUAAGUGCCAAUGUAUUAUUUUACGAUAAUACACACACUCACAUACAUUCUUUCUUACAUGACAAUGAAAAGCGUAUUAUAAUGUGUAGGUAUUGUAAAACUUGAACUCACUAAUUGAACUUUAAUUGUCUGACAAAUACAGUCUGAAUUCAGUGGUUGAAGAACUUCGAUGAUAUGCCAACUAUUAAAUUUGUGCUUUUUUGUUGGUACGUUUUUCCAUACGAAAAAUUAUGGAAAUGUUUCCAGAUAUUUUCGCGUAUUUUACUAAAAUCGGGCUUUCCAUACCAACGCGUGCUUUUUAGUUGAAUUGACGGCGAACUAUCGAAUCACCUAAAACGCAUUUCAACUGAAAAGCGUUCAAUUAUUCAAUUCUGACUGUGUUUAGUUAUUCAAGCUUUUUAGUUGGCUUUCUUAAAUAUAAAUUCCUGAUUUUAUUCUCAGAAGUAUAGAAUAAUAUUCUGAUUAAAAUGAGUUUUAUUUAAAAACGCGUCCUUUGUACUAGAUCUUCGUCGGUGGUUGUACUGUCAGCCAACUAAAAAGCGUUCAAUUACUGAGUUCCGACUGUAUUUGGUAUUUAUUAAUAAAAACAUAUUUUGACCACGGUAUUAUGUGCUGUGAAAACGGG